ACUUCAAGUUAUAAAGUGACAGAUAUUUUUUAAUAUUUAAAAAAAUUAUUUUUCACCGAAAAUGCCAAGGACAAUUUUUGCAAACGAUGAUCUAUUAGAUUAUUUAACAUCCCUCGCUAAUCCUACCGGAUAUACCAUAGGAUUAAUAUUGGGACAGAGUUGUGAACAGAAAGAUUUUGUCAUUCAUUUGGCAAGAACUUCUCAACCCUCAAAAAAAGACGUAAUUGAAGAGUCCGUUCUUGGUUCAAGUUUAAAUGUUUCCCAAGAAUCAUUUACUUCCAUAAAGUCUAUUAAGGACAUUCCCGGAAGUUGGGUCGCUGAUCAUGCAAAACACGUUACAAGAAUGUUGCCCGGUGGAAUGUGGGUUUUGGGAAUUUUCACCGUUGGUCCAGAAGAUGUAUUCACGACAAAUGCUUCAGUUGAGAAAUUAAAAGCAAUUCUCUCAUCGGUUGAGAAAAAUUUAAUCGCCAAUCCACAUUUAUAUGGAAAUCAUGAAGAGGAAAGUCUUCUACUACAUUUUAACAGCCUUACAAAAAAAUACAUCUGUAAAUCAAUGGACGCAAAAAAUUUCUUAAAACCAGUGGAUUGGAAAUUUCAAAGCAAUUCUACAUUCACAAAGUGGCACCAUCUCGAGACACUUGUUGAUUUUGAUCGUGUGUUUCCUAUUUCGAGACUGAAAACGCCGAAUCCUUUGAAGAAACAAUUACAGGAUAUUCUCAGUGAGACGACAAAUAUGAUUAAUUCCUCAUUGGUGGUAAUUGAAGGUGAAUUACGUUCAGACGACGCCGCUGUUGAAACGAUUGGCAAACAAUUGUCAAAAGAGAAGAAAACUGAGAAGGAAAGCAGUGGCGAUAAUGAGUCUGAGAAAAAAAUACUACAAGUCGGAAUUUAUAUUCCCUGCCAAAAGAAUUUCGAUAUGCAAACAAUAGAAUGCACUGGAUCGAUGCGAUUGGUCGGUCAACUUGUCAGUCGAACGUUUGUCCAUCAAAAAGCAACAAUAGAAGAGGCGGUGAAUGCUGUGAAACAGGAUAUAUUAAGAUCAUUGGCCAGUCGAUUGGAAAUGCAUUGGGACAGUUUGAUUGAAGAAGAAGACGGUUCACCCGAAGAAACAAUUACACUUCAUGAACCGCCGAGGAGAGUUUUGAUUCAACUUCCAAGGAAUAAAGUCAGUUUAUCGGAUUAUUUGUUCCCCGGUGAAGGCACACAGGAAUCUUUACUUUCACUUCGUGAACUGUUGGAUAUAAAAGUGCAGGAAUGCAAUAUCAAUAAGGAUUUAGAAUUACAAGUUGAUCCAUCGGAAUUUUAUUGUCAAAGUGCAGACACAAGGACAAGUGACACAGCCAGCAUUCAAAAAAAUAUUAUCGGAAAAAAAAAUAUUUUCCUAUUCAUCACUGGUUUCAGUUUUGCUCUACUUAUCCUCAUUGUAGCCAUAAUAUUUAAUCGAGCUUAAAACCGAAAAACUCUCAUUUAGUCCUGGACUAAAAAUAUUGAUUAAAUAAUGUAAAAAAAUUCUAAAACUUGAUUUUUUAAAAUUUUUAUUCAAGAGUUCUGUACAAUAUUCUUUUUGUUUUCGUACUUCAUUUUAUAAAGAAAUAGAAUAAUUAUAGUGUUGUAAAAAUUCAUACCUUAUAAUGUAUAAAAAAGAAUAAAACGAGAGUUGACAAUUUUUAUCA